CCCGUUGUGACGUCGGCGCGAGUUGUUCCGCUAAAGUAUGGCGCUGUACGCUAUCUUCAGUAUCACUACGCCAUUAUACAAAAACUUUCGUCAAGUUCCAUAACUAGCCCCGCCAGAACAAUAACAAGUGUCGGAUAGUUUAAUUUUUACAUUUUUUGACAACGGUUCUUUCGGAAAGUGUCAAGCAGACGAUAGUGGAAGUAAAAGGCGGGAAGAUGCAGCCCAGAGACGUGGAUUAGUUAGGGAAGUAGAGAAAGCGAGAAUGCGCUAGGAAUCCUGCUAUACGCAGUGCACGGCGUUUGGUUUACAUUUGUACACAGGGAGGAAUUCCUACUGCGGAAUCCAAAGAUCCAGUCGUCUAAGAAUGGUGCAGCUAGAUCGCCUGUGUUCAUAUCAAGUGUCAUGUGGAUUUGUGGCCCCAAGUUCCUGUUUUAAUGGGAGUUGUGAGAACACUGGCCACUGAAGAAACCUCCCCCGGUAUGCUCAAGGCCAAGUCGCCGUCACCAGGCCGACGAAAGAUCCUCCCCAAACGAUGGCGCAGCAAAACCAAACCCGUUCCCAACGUGACCGCGUCUUCCCUCUGGAGCCCAGAGGGUUCUUGUACGUGGUGCAGCGUGAGCGGAAGGAAAGUAGUGCUAAAACCAGUCAGUUUACUCCAACUGACGGACGCGGAAAGAGAUGCGCUGCAGAAAAUAGCUGUACCCAAACUUCAGUCUGUGGACAUUGGUCCUUUAGCUGUUCCCAAAGGAGAUUCUGAUGACAAUCGGAGGUCAAAGAAAGUGUUGUCGAUGAAAAGAAGAUCAAAGUCGGCCAAUCUGGCUGGUUUGUUGGAUACUCUAGCUGAGAAAGAAAAACAGAAGGAUUCAAACCCAAAAGAUGGUUUGGUGUUUGGAAUCCCGCUGUCAAAGUGUAUCGCUCACGACAGAGAAGUUCAUAAAAGACAAAGUAGUCGGCCAUCGACAUCGUUAAAGGUCCGCAGUGAAAGUGCUGAUGUAUUGUUGUCUCCUCAUGGUCAAAGAAAAUCAAGCAGCUCCUCCCAAAGCUCUCUGGACAAUGUUCCCCACAACGGCAGCACAAUAUCCCACAAUCCUUCUCAUGGGAGACGAGGAAGUUCAGAUUCAUUGUCGGAAUCGGAAAGUAGUCGAAACACAAGUUCUAGUCUCAUCGAUGCCCUCUCCCUGUCUCUCACACAGCCUGCCAUGCUACUGUCAGAACUAAGGGGAGACAACCAAAGCUGCUAUGCCACAGGGGCGCCUCAAGUUCCUCUGAUAGUCAAUUCCUGUUUUAAACAUAUAGAAACGUAUGGUUUGCAAGUGCUUGGUAUUUUUCGUGUUGGUUCGUCCAAGAAACGAGUGAAACAGCUACAAGAAGAAUUCGAUACUGGGAAGAGCAUUACACUAAAUGAAAGUCACAACCCUCAUGACGUUGGGGCGUUGUUGAAGGAAUAUUUUCGGGAUCUGCCGGAGCCACUCCUCACUCGGGAUCUGUACACGCCUUUCAUUUCCACCAGAAAAUUAAAAGAUGUAGAGAAGCGGUUGUCAGCAUUGAGGUUGCUUGUGUCGUUACUGCCGCUGCCAAAUCGUGACACAUUCUGGGCACUGCUGAAGUUCCUGGCGAAGGUUGUCGAACAUUCCAAAGAUACUAUAGACGAACAUGGAAACGAGCUCUCUGGGAAUAAAAUGGACGCCCAUAAUCUGGCAACAUUGUUCGGACCAAACAUUCUCCACAAAGCCAAGUCAUCCCCGGACAAGGAGUUCCGGGUGGAAACAACGGAACAUGCGGAGCAGAGCAAGGAGGUCAUAGAGGUCGUCAAGGAGAUGAUCGAUAACUAUUGUCAGUUGUAUGAGAUUCCCCCUGAUCUACAUGACGAUGUUAUACGGUUGCUAAUGGAAACGAACCCAGAGGUUGCAGAUAAGAUUCUCAAACAACUUGCAAAUGAUGUUGUGAUUGAACCUGACCCGGACACGUCUUCGAGUGUGUUUGACGACAGUGAUUCGCCCUCCAUGCCCCACUCCCCCAGCAGUGAUGCCGACCUCCUCUGCCACUCCCGAGGCUACAUGGGUGUCCACCAGACACUCCGAUCCUCCAAGAGUGCCGACCCUUGCACCCCACUUGCUCAGCGAAAGCCAGGGAUUGUUAUAGAGGAACGGCGGACUGCAAGUUCCAGUGAUGAUAGACCCAAAGUGCGUGUAAAUAUUGAAAAGACCACUAGUCCACUAGUAUCACGGAGUCAGCGAACAUCUCGAACUCCGAUGGUGAAGGUUUCGAGAGACAGUUCUAGUCCUGAGGUGUUGUUACGACCACACGUGGAUAUACGUGGGGACCGGCCUUAUUCCGAGGGAUACUCUCACAGUUUGUCCAUUCCAAAGCCGAGUUAUCUCCGAGAGAACAGCAGCUCCAGCAUCAGCAGCUAUUUGUCCUCAACAAACAGUCCAGGGGGGUCGGACACCUCAAUACAGUGGUCGAAUCAGUCACCUCCAUCUUCUAGUACAAGCUCACCUCGACCAAUACGCAGGUCAUCGUCACAGAGGCGACCUUUGAAUCUCAACCAAGGUGACGACGCUCCUGUCGGGUCAGCAGAGUGGCAGCGGGAACGGUGGCGCCACUGGGAAAUGAUCGCAGCUGAUAAGAAAGGGGAAGGUUAUGAACAAGAGACGCUUGUAUGAAAGCUGAUGUGUUAUGGGCAAAGAAUGUGCAAUUCCAAAUAUUUGAAAAAUAUGAGACUUCUGUGGUAUAUUACCACUGCUGUACAGAUGUGCUGGAUUUAAUCCGUGAAUAUUUGGAAAAACAGGUAUUCCAUAAACUCCACUGCUCAGCGACCGGGAAUGAUUUCAGAGUUGUGUUUCCAUGGUGACAAAACAGGAAUACAAACCAAAUGCUCAACCACUGUGCGAAAUUAGUUGACAAUAUACAGCUGGUUUGAAUGUGCCACUUGGACAGGAAUCUAAAUCAUAAUGUCUUUCAUAUUAACACUUGUUUUUGCAAUUUAAACACUAAGGAAAUCUAUGCAAAAAUAGAAUAUGAUGAUUGGAUUGUAGUGUGUGUAUAUAUAUAUAUGAAUAUAUAUAUAUAUAUAUAUGUAUGUAUGCAAACACGCUGAGCCAGCGAUUUGUUUUGUAAAUAAUCCAAAAACUGCCCCCACUGUCAUAAAAGUGCAAUCGUUAAUUGUAUAUUAACAAUCUUUGUUCUUGUACCUGAGACAAGAGAAGGAAAGGUUAGGAAACUGUUGGUUCAGAAUUUGCUGUUUUAAAUUUUUUACCUACGACUUUUGAUAACAUUGAGAUUUUUUAACAUUUUUAUAAAAGCAAUAAUUCAUUAUGAAAAUUUGUUUUCAUCUGUGCAACAGUACAAUUACCAUUUUCAUUUCGCAUUCAUAUGAAAAACAUGUCACCAUGAGUCACCCAUUAUUGGUCGUGUGUAUUUAUAAAAGUGGGCAAUUUUAUAGCAACAUCUGAAACGACUGGACUGUAUGCAAAUUUCUGUUAUUUGUUUUAUAUUAACAGAGGUUCGGAAUAGAUGUAUACAUUUUUCAAGUUUGUUAAAAUGCUGAUUGUUUAAUGUUCCUGUGCUUCAAAGACUACUUAGAUACCUCAGAUAUGAGGGUAUGUUAAGUGAUGCUUUGCAGAAGGAAAAGAGCUGUUGUAGAUAUAUCAUAGAGUUAUUUAUGAUGUACAAAAUAAUCAACUCAUAUGUGCCAAAGUGAUGGAGAGAAGAUAGUUGUACAUAGAAAUGGUUGUUGCCAUAGUUACCAAAAAGAUAUUAAUAAAUAUGACACACCAGUGAUACAUGGCAGUCUGUACAGUGGAAAUCACAGGGAUUUUUUUUGUACCAGCUGUAUCUGUCUUGUACCACCUCCUUACUACUCAACACAAUCAUUGACACAUCUAACUUCAAAUAUAAAUAUAUUGCAUAUGUUAUGACAAAUACGCAAUAUCUAACCUGCUGAAAACAUUUUUGUUCAACCGAAGAAAAUAUUAAGAUUCUAAUUUAAUUUUGUAUUGGCCACAGUGGUGGAUUGAUGACUUUUGAAAUGGUUGAUUAUAUAUUGAUGGAAUUUGUUUCAUAAUUGUUCUAAUAUUUCUCAUAAGUAUUUUUACAUCAUCUUGGUAUUGAUGUGAACAUCAGUAAUUUAACUGAGGUUAGAGUUUGUUGGUAUGAUAUUAUGCUGGAUAUUAACAUAUCAGAGCAAAGUAAUCAAAAUCAGACUGUAAUCAAAAUGUAACACAAUGCUAAUCAAAGAUUUAUGUCUAGAAAUAGCAAUUUACAUUUCAAAAUGGCUACCGGUACUUCAGCUUCAGUUUUGUAGUUAUAUGUCAGUGCUAUUUCAUCAUUCGUAAAAUAAAAUGUUUUUUGUUUUUUUUCAAAUAUAAUAUGUUCAGUUUCCAUGGCAACCAUAUAAAUGAAUGCCCUUUAUGUUACCCAGCUUUACUCAGGAAAUGCCUUUCUAGUCGGACUACCAUUGUUAGCCUAUAAAAAUCAUCACACUGAAUGAAAUAUUGAUAUACCAUUUCCCUAACAACUGCAUGUAACCAAGUGAUGAACUUGUUGGUUUUCCGAUUGCAGCAAAAUGACUGCAUUGUUUUAAUACUGAUCCCUGUCCCACUCCUUAAACUUAAAGAAGUAAAGUACCUUUUUUUUCUCUAAGAAUCUGAAAGUUAAGGUAAAUUAAGACACUUAUUCUUGAGGUAAUGAUUCUGAGGACAAUUUUUUUGGACUGUUUUUAUGUCUGUUUAUAUUUUAAAAUAUCUUUCGUUUUUGUUAGAAUAUACUGAAGGAAAUAAAUAAAGGAACACAUGUAGAAGGAAACGUUUGAAAGAUCAUAAUUGAUUUGAUAUUGCGUAUAUAUCAUAGGUUACCAGAGGUUGUCUGUUAAUAUUAUGAACAUGCCAGAUAGUAGCAUUGAUUUUUUAAUUCAUUUUUUUCAGUAAUUGAGGCAUUCAUGCUGAAGACAGCAGGAGAAUCUCUUCAGUUGUAUUGCUGUUCCCUUACUUUAUUCCUUCAGUAUAUAAACAUUGGCCAGAAGAAUAAAUCAAAAUUAUACAGUAUUACAAGAGCCAGUAUAUCAUGUCAAAUCAAGUCAUUACUAAUAUGGAAAUUCAGCUUUUUGGUGUGAAUAUAUUAUUUUCACAUUAAUAAAAAUUGACGGAAAUUAAUUCUACGCACGAUAUUUAGAUGUUAUAUUAGUGACAUGUUUUGUUUAUGUUGGUUUCCGUGUUGACUUCAUCCAAAUACCAGUGCUACCAAGAAUCUCCUAACAGUCUAUACAUAACACGUUUGAUGUUUCCAUGUUGACCGUGUCUUGUUUACCAUUACAUAAUAGUCGUAUCCCAUUAUGUCAUAAUGCCUGUUUCCAUGGUAACAGUAUCAAUCCACUUGUAAACAAUGUCCUGUUAAACUACAUAGGAAGUCUUGAACAUGAGGAUUAUCUAGCAUAACAAUCUUAGCUCAAUUUUUGGUAUGGCUUCGCCCAUACACAUAUAUUGUUUAUGCUAUAAAAGGGCAAAAAUAUAUAAUUUUAAAAAUAAAACUUUGAACCUAA